CCUUUCUAGCCUUGAAAAGUACGAUGCUGCAGUAGAAUCUGGCCAGAGACAUCAGCCUCCAGCAAAGACCUGGCCGGCACUUCCCACUCAAAACUAAAAAUAGGGAGAGAAUGGGUCAGUUUUCAAAAUCUGCGGCGUGACCUCCCUCCUCUGAGAUAAACCUGCAGAUGCUUUGCUCCAGUCAAGGAGGCCGUCUCGGUACUUCCUGGUUCUCUCACGUUUUUGAUUUUUAUCCUCUGGAGUUCAUUGCAUUCAUGCCCUCACCGCGGCUAAGACAGUUCCUAAUAAAAGCACGUUCCUCAUCAGCUACCCAUAAUCAAGAAAAAUAUGCCAAGUAAGUCAUCGUAGAAACGCAAGUUUGGGCCUGAAAAAUUCGAGGAGCAGGAGUCAAGAUCUGUCACUCCAUAGGAUCUGGAGGAGACUCCUUUUCCCAGAAACUUGAGAGUGGUGACGUGCUGGCCAAACGGCUUUUUGAAGAGAUCGCCCUGGGCAUUGGCCUGAGACCUGGGGAGUCAGUCGGAGUGACUGGGAAGCCAUGGAAGCAGCUGAGAAAGAGGAAAUCAGUGUUGAAGAUGAAGCUGUGGAUAAAAACAUUUUCAGAGACUGCAGCAAGAUUGCUUUCUACAGGCGUCAGAAACAGUAUCUCUCCAAGAAGUCCACCUAUCAGGCAUUACUAGACUCAAUCACAACAAGCGAAGACAGCACCAGGUUCAAAGUCAUCAAUGAAGCAACUAAGGUUCCUCUCCUGGCUGAAGUUUAUGGUAUAGAAGGAAACAUUUUCAGGCUUAAAAUUAAUGAAGAGACUCCCCUGAAACCUAGGUAUGAAGUUCCUGAUGUCCUCACAAGCAAGCCAGGCACUGUAAGGCUGAUUUCAUGCUCAGGGGAUGCAGGCGAUCUAGUAUUGGCAGAUGGAAAAGGAGACCUGAAGUGUCAUAUCACAGCAAACCCAUUCAAGGUAGACCUGGUGUCUGAAGAAGAGGUUGUGAUAAGCAUCAAUUCCCUGGGCCAAUUAUACUUUGAGCACCUACAGAUUCCUCACAAACAAAGCGCUACUAAAGAAAAUGAGGAGGAUGCAUCGAUUGACACCUCUCAGGAAAAUCAAGAGGAUCUAGGCCUGUGGGAGGAGAAAUGCGGAAAUUUUGUGGAUGUCAAAGCUAAUGGUCCAGCCUCCAUUGGUUUGGAUUUCUCCUUGCAUGGAUUUGAGCAUCUAUAUGGGAUCCCACAACAUGCAGAAUCACACCAACUUAAAAAUACCGGUGAUGGAGAUGCUUACCGUCUUUAUAACCUGGAUGUCUAUGGAUAUAAAAUACAUGACAAAAUGGGCAUUUAUGGUUCAGUACCUUACCUCCUGGCCCACAAACUGGGCAGGACUAUAGGCAUUUUCUGGCUGAAUGCCUCAGAAACACUAGUGGAGAUCAAUACAGAGCCUGCAGUAGAGUACACACAAACCCAGAUGGGUCCAGUUGCUGCUAAGCAAAAGGUCAGAUCUCAAACUCAUGUGCACUGGAUGUCAGAGAGUGGAAUCAUUGAUGUUUUUCUACUGACAGGACCUACACCUUCUGACAUCUUCAAGCAGUACUCACACCUUACAGGCACACAAGCCAUGCCCCCUCUCUUCUCCUUGGGGUACCACCAGUGCCGCUGGAAUUAUGAAGAUGAGCAGGAUGUGAAAGCAGUGGAUGCAGGAUUCGAUGAACAUGACAUUCCUUAUGAUGUCAUGUGGUUGGACAUAGAGCACACUGAGGGCAAGAGGUACUUCACCUGGGACAAAAAAAGAUUCCCAAACCCCAAAAGGAUGCAAGAGUUGCUCAGGAGCAAAAAACGUAAGCUUGUGGUCAUCAGUGACCCCCAUAUCAAGAUUGAUCCUGACUACUCAGUGUACACUAAGGCCAAAGAACAGGGAUUCUUUGUGAGGAAUCAUGAAGGGGGAGACUUCGAAGGGGUUUGCUGGCCUGGUCUCUCCUCUUACCUGGAUUUCACCAAUCCCAAGGUCAGAGAGUGGUAUUCAAGUCUUUUUGCUUUCCCUGUUUAUCAGGGAUCUACAGACAUCCUCUUCGUAUGGAAUGAUAUGAAUGAGCCCUCUGUCUUUAGAGGGCCAGAGCAAACCAUGCAGAAGAAUGCCAUUCAUCACGGCAAUUGGGAGCACAGAGAACUUCAUAACAUCUAUGGUUUUUAUCAGCAAAUGGCUACUGCAGAAGGACUGAUAAAACGAUCUAAAGGGAAGGAGAGACCCUUUGUUCUGACACGGUCUUUCUUUGCUGGAUCACAAAAGUAUGGUGCUGUGUGGACAGGUGACAACACAGCAGAAUGGAGUUACCUGAAAAUUUCCAUCCCAAUGUUACUCACUCUCAGCAUUACCGGGAUCUCUUUUUGUGGAGCUGAUGUAGGUGGGUUCAUUGGGAAUCCAGAGACAGAGCUGCAAGUGCGUUGGUACCAAGCUGGAGCCUACCAGCCUUUCUUCCGUGGCCAUGCCACCAUGAACGCCAAGCGGCGGGAACCCUGGCUGUUCGGGGAAGAACACACCCGGCUCAUCCGCGAAGCCAUCAGAGAGCGCUAUGCCCUCCUGCCCUAUUGGUAUUCUCUGUUCUACCACGCACAUGUGGCUUCCCAGCCUGUCAUGAGGCCUCUGUGGAUAGAGUUCCCUGAUGAAUUAGAGACUUUUGGUAUAGAAGAUGAAUACAUGCUGGGAAGUGCUUUAUUGGUUCAUCCAGUAACAGAACCAAAAGUCACCAUGGUUAAUGCGUUUCUGCCAGGAUCAAAUGAGGUCUGGUAUAACUCUAAGACAUUUGCUCAUUGGGAGGGAGGAUGUACUGUGAAGAUCCCAGUAGCCUUGGACACUAUACCAGUGUUUCAACGAGGUGGAAGUGUAGUACCAAUGAAGACAACUGUCGGAAAAUCCACAGGCUGGAUGGCAAAUUCCCCGUAUGGACUCCGGGUUGCUCUAAGCACUAAGGGUUCUGCAGUGGGCGAGUUAUAUCUUGACGACGGCCAUUCAUUCCAAUACCUCCACCAGAAGCAAUUCUUGCACAGGAAGUUUUCAUUCUGUUCCAGUGUUUUGAUCAACAGUUCUGCUGACCAGAGGGGUCAUUAUCCCAGCAAGUGUGUGGUGGAGGAGAUCUUGGUCUUAGGCCUCAAGAAGGAGCCAUCUUCUGUGACCACACACUCAUUUGAUGGCAAAGAUCAGCCUGUGGCUUUUACAUAUUGUGCCAAAACAGCCACCCUGAGCCUGAAGAAGCUCUCACUAAACAUCGGCACUGACUGGGAGGUCCACAUCAAAUAACAAAGAAGCACCCUGGUGACAUGAGCAGAGAGCUGCCUACAGCUUUCUACCCUCCCCUUAGCCUUUUUUUGAGAUUUGUACUGCAAUCUAAUUGACUUCCCUAGCUCAUUAUCUUUCAUUAGUCACCAGUGUACUAAUGAACAACAGAUUUCGAAUUUUAAGAUUUCGGUUUUUAUAUUUUAAGAUAUACUAGCAAUACUCUUUGAGUCAAAUAUCACCUCUUCUCGCAGACCCACAUGGCUCUGAGACAUUUAUAGGGUUCAUGAGUCUUCCAUUGCCUCUUGGGCCAUGGCCCUGUGGUAAGCACUGUGGCCCAUAGAGUGGCCUCUCCUUGAGCAGGGUUGCAUGGAUUUGCUUUAAUGUGGACUAAGCCUACUUGUGUGGCCCAUUUGGGGGUUGGGGGGUGCGGAGUUUGCCUCA